AUGACUGGACGCUUGAUCGAUCUGAAUGCAUCACCUUGGUUGUGGGUGGAAACUACAUGGGCAGUCAUCCUUUGUACUCUAGCGCUUGCCGUGCGCCUCGUGGUGCGAAGCCAUGAGUGCGGGCUAGAGGACUUGCUUCUUAUUCUUGCAUUCAUUCUGGCCAUGGCGUCGUUCGGGUGCAUCUAUCAGGCGCUCCACGAUGGACUAGGUAUCUCACAUAGCGGCUUGCCAGAAGAGAAAACCCUCCGAAUCGCNUCUAGUAAGGGGAAUCCAGGUUACGAAGACCGCAGCAACUGA